GCAACUCUCGCGAUUGCUUAGGCCGGUCGAGGCACGCUGUGAGAACGCGGGUAAUAGCGCCAACCGGUGUCUUUCCACAACAGUAUCCCCAACUACAGCGGGAAACUUUGGCCGCCUGGUAACACAGGAUACUCCGGGACAUUUAGCGACGGGAAUUUGUUCUUAACAGAACCUUACUAAAGAUGUCCGAGAGCCCGAAUGGCGCGGAGCAGCGGGAAGAGCAGACGGAACUUGAAGAAGCCGGAGGAGCUGAGGAGAAGUCUGAUUCGUCUGAUGCUGGAAAAGAGUCCUCCUCAGAUACUGGGGCUGAUGGCCAGGAUGCAUCCCCAUCAUCCUCCACUAAAACUACCUCUGCAGGUUACGAAGAGAAAGUGCAAACCGACCGGACCAACCGAUUUGAGUACCUGCUGAAGCAAACAGAGCUGUUCGCUCAUUUCAUCCAACCAGCCGCUCAAAAGACCCCGACCUCUCCGCUCAAGAUGAAGCCAGGGCGCCCCCGCAUCAAGAAGGAUGAGAAGCAGAACCUGUUGUCAGCUGGAGACAAUCGGCAUCGUCGCACAGAGCAGGAGGAAGAUGAAGAGCUUUUGAACGAGAGUACAAAAACGACCAAUGUCUGCACUCGUUUUGAUGAAUCUCCAUCUUAUGUCAAAACGGGGAAGAUGAGAGACUAUCAGAUCCGUGGGCUGAACUGGCUCAUUUCCUUGUAUGAAAAUGGAAUCAACGGCAUCCUCGCUGAUGAAAUGGGUUUAGGAAAGACACUCCAGACCAUUUCCUUACUCGGUUACAUGAAGCACUACAGAAACAUCCCGGGUCCUCACAUGGUCCUCGUUCCAAAGUCCACCCUCUACAACUGGAUGAACGAGUUCAAGCGCUGGGUGCCCUCUCUUCGGGCCGUCUGUCUGAUCGGAGACAGAGACCAGAGGACUGCACUGAUCAGAGACGUGCUCCUGCCCGGAGAGUGGGACGUGUGCGUCACCUCUUAUGAGAUGCUCAUCAUCGAGAAGGCUGUCUUCAAGAAAUUCAACUGGCGGUACUUGGUGAUCGACGAAGCCCACAGGAUCAAGAAUGAGAAGUCCAAGCUGUCUGAAAUCGUUAGAGAAUUUAAGACUACAAAUCGCCUCCUCCUGACUGGAACGCCCCUGCAGAACAACCUCCACGAGCUGUGGGCUCUCCUCAACUUCCUUCUACCUGAUGUGUUCAACUCUUCAGAGGACUUUGACUCUUGGUUUGACACAAACAACUGUUUGGGGGACCAAAAGUUGGUGGAACGUCUACAUACAGUGCUGCGUCCCUUCUUGCUCCGUCGUAUCAAAGCCGAUGUAGAGAAAACGCUUCUUCCAAAGAAAGAGAUCAAGAUGUAUGUGGGUCUCAGUAAAAUGCAACGAGAAUGGUACACAAAGAUUCUGAUGAAAGACAUUGACAUCCUGAACUCGGCUGGAAAAAUGGACAAAAUGCGAUUGCUCAACGUUCUCAUGCAGCUGAGGAAGUGUUGCAACCACCCGUACCUGUUUGACGGAGCGGAACCCGGCCCCCCGUACACCACCGACCUCCACUUGGUGGUCAACAGUGGCAAAAUGGUGGUUCUUGACAAGCUCCUGCCAAAAAUGAAGGAGCAGGGUUCUCGAGUCCUCAUCUUCAGUCAGAUGACCAGGGUGCUGGACAUAUUGGAGGACUACUGCAUGUGGAGGAACUAUGGUUAUUGUCGCCUGGAUGGUCAGACACCACAUGAGGAGAGACAGAUUUCGAUCAAUGCGUACAACGAGCCCAACAGCAGCAAGUUCAUCUUCAUGCUGAGCACCCGAGCUGGCGGUCUGGGUAUCAAUCUGGCCACGGCUGAUGUGGUCAUCCUCUACGACUCGGACUGGAACCCUCAAGUCGAUCUUCAGGCGAUGGAUCGAGCUCACAGGAUCGGACAGCAGAAGCAGGUCAGAGUGUUCCGCUUCAUCACUGAAAACACAGUGGAGGAGAGGAUUGUGGAACGAGCCGAAAUGAAGCUGCGUCUGGAUUCCAUUGUCAUCCAGCAAGGGCGGCUCGUGGAUCCGAGUGCAAACAAACUCGGAAAAGACGAGAUGUUGUCCAUCAUCCGCCACGGCGCCACUCACGUCUUUGCUUCCAAAGAAAGUGAGAUCACAGAUGAUGACAUCGAUGCCAUCCUGGAGAGAGGAGAACGCAAGACGAUGGAGAUGAAGGAGAAGCUGUCAAACUUGGGCGAGAGCUCUCUGAGGAACUUCACCAUGGACACAGAAAACAGCAGUGUCUACACCUUUGAGGGAGAGGACUAUAGAGAGAAGAAGAAGGUCAUUACCAACUGGAUUGAACCACCCAAGAGAGAAAGGAAAGCAAACUAUGCAGUGGAUGCUUAUUUCAGAGAAGCUCUUCGAGUCAGCGAGCCGAAAGCACCAAAGGCUCCUCGCCCUCCAAAGCAGCCCAACGUUCAAGACUUCCAGUUUUUCCCGCCACGGCUUUUUGAGCUGCUCGAGAAAGAAAUUCUUUUCUACCGGAAAACUAUUGGCUAUAAGGUGCCGCGUAAUCCUGACAUGCCGAACUCGGCCCAGGUCCAGAAGGAGGAGCAGGCCAAAAUCGAUGAGGCUGAAGCCCUGAGUGAGGAGGAGUUGGAGGAGAAGGAGAACCUUCUUCAACAGGGGUUCACUAUUUGGAACAAACGAGACUUCAACCAGUUCAUCAAAGCCAACGAGAAGUGGGGAAGAGACGACAUCGAGAACAUCGCCCGAGAGGUGGAAGGGAAAACCCCAGAAGAAGUGAUGGAGUAUUCUGCUGUGUUCUGGGAGCGCUGCAAUGAGCUGCAAGACAUUGAGAAGAUCAUGGCUCAGAUUGAGAGGGGCGAGGCCAGAAUCCAGAGGAGGAUCAGUAUCAAGAAGGCGCUGGAUUCCAAGAUCGGGCGCUACAAGGCUCCGUUCCAUCAGCUGCGCAUCUCCUACGGCACCAACAAGGGGAAGAACUACACGGAGGAGGAGGACCGGUUCCUCAUCUGCAUGCUGCACAAGCUCGGCUUCGACAAGGAGAGCGUGUACGACGAGCUGCGUCAGUGUAUCCGCAACUCGCCACAGUUCCGCUUCGACUGGUUCCUCAAGUCCAGGACAGCCAUGGAGCUUCAACGGCGUUGCAACACCCUGAUCACACUGAUUGAAAGAGAAAACAUGGAGCUGGAAGAGAGAGAAAAGGCUGAGAAGAAGAAAAGAGGUCCAAAAUCGGGCUCGGCUCAGAAGCGAAAGUCAGAGGGAACCCCAGACGGUCGCGGCCGCAGGAAAAAGCUCAAGUUGUGAGGCCGGAAAUCCACCGUAGCUCCAGCCAGUUGGUAACAUUAGAAUCUUAGCACCUGUGAUCGUCGUGCUGGCUGUGAUGCUCCUUGUAUAAACCGCUAAUGGACUGACGUGGUUGUAUUAGUAUUUUCUUUCUGCCAGUCGUUUUUUAAUAGUACUUGAUUGAAAUGUAAGUAUUUAUGCCUUUUCAUUGUCAGACAUUCCUUUGCUUUUAGCAUCAUGCACCCCUUUGAAGAAAACAUUUGAUGUCUACUUGAUGUCUAGAAUUUGUUUGGUUUGGUUUGAACAACAUCAAUAAAAGUCGCCCCCUUUUUUAAAAAAAACAAACAAACAUGAUUUUUCAG